AUGAGUUUCAACAAAACAAGCUUCACUAUUGGAGGCCAGGCCCCACCACCUAACAAAAAACCAGCUCCACCACCUCCGCAUAAACAACUUCCCCCAAAGCUCCCACAUAAAGAAGUCAACCAACAACAACAAAUCGACAGUUUGGAAUUCGAAAAUUUAAAGACCGAAAUUCCAGAAAAUCCAGUUCCUCCAAAAAUUCCCCAAAAAGCUCCGCCUAAGCUUCCCCAACGAAUUCCAGAAUUAUAUGAUUUCACUUCAGACGAAAAACAAGAGGUUGAAAAUUUAAACGGAAAUGUCGAACAAAAACAACCACCACAAUUGCCACACAGAGUAAAAGAAACCACCGAACCUCCAAAACUUCCACAUAAAUCUCUUCCUCCAAAGCUUCCUCAAAAACAAUCCGAAGUUGUUCCAUUUAAACCGACUUCAUUCAAGUCAAGUGAACAAGUCCAAGGAGUUGGUAGUGAUAUUCCACAACAUCAAAUAAGCACAACACAUCCAGUGCACCAAAGUGAAACGUUUGAGUCUCAAAGUACUUGUUGUGAGCAGAUCGAACCUGACGGAGACGUUCAAGACUGUGACGAUGAUGGACAAAACGCCAAACCCAAAACAAAUAAAACUGAAAUGGCCAAGAACAUUGCUGGAGAUACCGUCGAGGUCUACAAAAAGCUUCCUCCAAUGACUGCCGAACAAAAAGAGUUUGCGAAACAACAAUCUAUUCAAGCAUCAAAAACAGCGUACUCUGGCGCUAAAAAAGCCGUCAAAACAGAAGAGUUCAAACAAGCUUCACACCAAACAGCAAGCGCAGCCAAAGCAGUCGCCACUUCAAAACAGGCAAAAGGUCUUUGUUCUGGCCUAGCCUCUGGUGCGCUUUGUGCGAUCAAAGGCGAGAGUGCGGGUGAGUGCUGGAAGGCGACGAAGAAGGAAGUCCCCAAAAUUGAUGCCGACCAAAAAGCUGGGAUGAAACAACGCAUGGGCGAGGCAAAAGUGACUGCAAAGAGUUCGUACAGCAAAGCGAAGGAGACUGAGGAGUGGAAAGCUGCGAAAGGGCAAGCGAAGGUAGUUGGGAAGGAAGUCUAUCAUUCCGAACAGUUCAAAGUUGCUGAGAAAGAAGGGAAGAAGAAAGCUGCUGUACGGAUGACUGGGGACGAAAAUGCCGAAUUUGAUAUGAAAGUCGCGGUGGAGACAGAAUUCCGACCGGAGAUCGUCGAAGAAGAUGGAAAGAGGAAAAUCGACUUGGGACUGAAAGUGAAGCCAAAAUUGAAAAAUCAAGACACCGUCGUCUGUGACGAUUUGGGGUGCGUCGAGACUAAAUACCAUGUCGGGAAAAAGCCAGGAGAAGAUGGAUGCUUUGAUGUCGACAUGAAGAGAAAUAAUAAAGACGUGAAAGAAAAGUCGGGACCAACUUUUAAGUUCGAAACUGACGUAAAGCCUGAAGUCAAAUUGGACGAAAAUGGAGACGUGAAGGUCGAUAUUAAUGAGACAGGAACUAAAUUUAAACCUAAGAAAUUUUGA